UCGAAAAACUUUUUCGGCCACAAACGGUGCACUGUGAAAUAGCGCGGGAUAAAAUCGUCCGAGUUUGAAGCCCGAAGCGGUAAUUCGGCGACUAAUCUCUUGUUUAACAUGUCUUCUGCUGUAAACCUAACGGAGCAAUUUGCAACUAACAAAAGCACAACUUCGGUGGAAGGUUUCGAUCGACUAGCCAUCGUUCAACUGAUGUGCUACUCUAUAAUCACCGCUGCUGGUUUGAUAGGAAAUACCCUAAUUUGCUUGGCUGUUUUUAAAAGACGCCGCUUGCGUAUCACCGACGUUUUCGUCCUCAAUUUGGCCGCAACAGACUUGGCAACUUGUGUAAUAAGUAUACCAUUUGACUUUGUGGAAAGAUUAGUGAAAGAGUGGCCUUUUGGAAACGUGCUGUGUAAAAUCGUGUACCCUUUGCAAACCAUUUUGAUGGCCGUGUCUGUGUACACGCUGCUUUUCAUGAGCUGGGAGAGACAUCGUUCAGUUAUGCCGCCAUUUAAGCCAAAAAUAAAAGCAAAACGAGCAGUUACGAUAGUUUUUAUUCUCUGGGCUGCUAGCAUCAGUCUGGUCGGACCGUACAUUGCCAUUCUUAAAGCUGAAACCAGCGACGGUGUAACUCAGUGCAUGGAAAACUGGCCUGAGAAAUACCAUCCCAAAGUGUUCACGCUUGCAGUUUUUAUAGCUCUGUAUGUGUUGCCGCUUUUUGUGAUCACCGCCAACUACAUACGGAUCAGUCAAAAGCUCUGGAGAGACAUACAAAGAAUGCACAAGGCGAUUGGCGAAAGAAAACGCAACGGUAAAAAGCCACUAGUGCAGGCGAGAGCUCAGCGCAAUAUGAGAAUCGUCAGGAUAUUUAUAAUUGCGGUGAUUGCCUUUUCACUCUGUAUGUUACCCAACCAUAUCAUGUGGAUUUGGAAAGAUUUUGGUUCGGAAAAGGGUCUCCGAUAUUUUGGUACCAUAAUCAAUUUUUGCUAUAUCUUGGUUUACUCCAACUCAGCCAUUAAUCCGUUCAUAUUUGUGUUUCUCCACAGACGGUACUGCCGGGAUAUUUUUAGCCCAUGUGGCACUGUGAAAAUGCUGGUGAUUUCAUGCUUAAGAUUUCGAUCGCAGGAAACUUGCAGCAAUGCGAACAUCUACAGAAAAAGCAAAAUUUCGCGGAGAAGAGAGCGGCGCUCACAAAGAAAAUCAAACCAUCUACCCUACACGAUGCAGCUUGCAACACCACGAAGCGCACGAAGCACUUACGCGGCAAGAAAAUUAUUGUGGAAUAACAGUUAUUGGUGCAAAGAGCUAAUUCCUAACCUUGAGGCAAAAGAAUAUCGUGUUUCGUUCAGAAAUGAGCCACUUCAGUCAUUGAAAGAUGGAGAAGAUGUCGAUGGAGGCAAUGAUGAAAGAAAUCAAGUGUCAACAAAAAAAGUGAAUUUUGGUGAAGUUGUCCGUAUUGAAGCGCAAUAAAUAUGUAGAUCUCGCAGGUUAAAAUUGCGAUUCGCAUGACUUUCAAGACACUGGAUACUUCGAUUAGAAAGUUGUAAACAUUUUCAAUUUUAAUUUUGCAAUUUUUUGCGGUUCAUUUUAAGCGAGGAAAUGGGACGAAGAAGGCUAUUGCCUGCCUCGAAAAGUUAGCCAAAUACUAUAAGGCUAACGAGUAACUGAAUAAAACACAAAUGACGUAUUUCAUUUCUAUUAUGAUUUGCACAGCACAAAAACUUAACUGCAUGAGUCCAUCUACAAUGAAAGUAUAAAGUUCAUUUAACGAGUAACGUUCAAAAAAUGGCCAACUUGCGGCCGAUCACCUAAAUAUAAAAGUAAACGAGCAACUGAGAUAAAGACAGGAGUAUAUAUGAUAAAUUAUUUAAAAUUGACGACUUGCCUCAGUUAUCAAAGAUUUGGCACUUGCUCAUAGAGCUCUAUUUAAUAUAUGUUUUCUCGUAAACUAAGACUUCCGAAUUUCAUUGUUUGAAACCUUAUGAGCACCAACUUUGAUUGUUUUCUUCAUAACAGAAGUCGUGGACUUUACAGUAGGUCAUGGAUAAAAAGAAAACCAUGUAAAAAUGAAAAAAAAUUGAUUUCGCUUAAUUUUGUGAAUCACAAUCAUUUGAAAAUGAAAAUGGAAACUGACAUUAAUUCAACUUUUUCUCGGCGACAGUAUGGCACUAUAUAUUCUCAUGGUGAUUAACUGCACACAGUUUCUUCAAAAGCAUUAUAAAUGAAUGUGCAUACGUUAUUCUUCAUACCAAGUGUAUCUUUCGGUUCCCGUGCGAUACUUUGCUGAAUAGACCACAGGUCAAAAAAAAAACUACAAAACAAAUAGGUUUUCUUUGUACUUUAUACAUGAAACGACAUGUGAAUUUUAUUUGGACAGAAAUGCUCAAGUACAUUUACUGUGGCUUUUUGAUUUACAGAAAGUAUAUUAGGUAAA